AUGCAUUUGGCACGAGAGCAGUCAUUAUCGGCCGAUCCAACAAAUACAGUGUCAGAAAGCCUAAAUCCAUCGCUUCGCAGAGUCAAGAUCACACGCAAACCGGAAAUAAUCGAAUUCGAUCCCACAUUGCCCCCUGCGGAUUUCCCUGAGCCGUGGCCCAAAAGACAAAAGAUCUCCCACAGCAGGCCCGAAGCAGGCCAGUACUCACUCGGUAUUGACUGGUCCAUGAGCAACUGUGAGUCCAAUCUCAUCCACAGAAGCAAUAUGGCCGAAGUGGGUGCAAUGGAUGGACAAAUAAAGGCAUUUGAUGUGACCGACAACCUGAGCAUUUCUGACAGCGACGGUGAGCCUCUAGAUGAUCAAGAAGCCCUCGGACGGAAAAUUGUCAACCCAACAUGGAGCGACCUCAACCCAGCCGUACAACUACAAAUCGCCUCUGGCCUCCUUAAGCAUUACAACUGGGAGAAUUCAUGCAUAAAACUCGGCCUGAAUAAAGAAGACCGAAGCAAACUGUCCCACUGUCUGUACACGCGGGACCAGCAAAUCUCUCGGGAGGAUCGAGCCCUGGCCGCUAUGCGGGAAAAGCAACUGGCCCAUCUCAUUAACAUAGAUCAAAGUAUUCUGAAGCAAAGCCCUGUGCCCCAUCAGUUCGUUCUUAACAGAAUCUCUCGGGACUUCCAAAACUCGCUUACUGCGAUGGCUAGACCAGAACUCGAAUUCUGUCGAGCCGAUGAUAUUCUGGCAGCUAGGCAGUUCCUCCGCAACCAAGAUCUCAAUGAGAACCUUGCCGGAGAAUGGGAAAGCGCUAUUGUCGAACUAGCCGCUAUACCCCGUACCGAAAAUCACGACCUACGAGAGAUCUUCCAAUGGAAGGAGAAUUGGACCAUACCGGCAUGCAGCUUCAUCAACCCCCAGGCACCGAUUCGAGGCUGUGCACCUGGCCCCUUGUCCGAUAAGAUACCCUUUGCUGCCGAAAACAUGUAUUUCAAGAACGGCUCCUACAGCACAAUAAACCCCUCGAGAUACUUUUCAGGGUGA